AUGGCGAACCUGCAGUAUGGGCUCGAUCUUGCCGCCGUCGGAGCCUUGCAGGCCAUGCCCGGUUUUCUCAAGGUCUUUGGGUACCCUGAUCCCGCAGCUGAGGGGGGUUACGCUAUUGACAGCACCGUCCAACAACUGAUAACGUCCCUUCUAACCCUCGGCUCAUUCGUAUCAUCCCUUGUGGCUGGUGCAUUCUCCUCGUACCUCGGACGCAAACAAGCCUUAUGGCUCGCGUGCAUCGUAAACGCAGUCGCCUGUGGGAUCCAGAUCGGAGCACCAUCCGCAGGCGUACUCUAUGUCGGCCGUCUUUUGCUGGGGUUUGCAAACGGGUUCCUGGUAACAUUCUCCAACAUCUAUACAGCCGAAGCGUCGCCGGCUCAUAUGCGCGGCGUUAUGGUGGCCCUGUUCGCAUACUGGGUCAACAUAGGAAGUAUCAUCGGUGCAGCUGUUGACAACAAGACCAAAGAGAGGAUAGACAAGCUCUCGUACAGAAUCCCGCUCGCCUGUCUGUAUAUUGUUCCCGCGUUCCUGUUUGUGGCGUUGUUCUUUGUGCCGGAGAGUCCGAGGUGGUUGCUUGUGAGAGGGAGGGAAACGGACGCAAGGAAGGCGCUUGAACAGCUGCGAGGGAAGAGUUAUGCUGCGCUGCGAGCCGAGUCCUCAUCAACGUCCGAGAACAAAAAUAACAGUGAAAUAGCCCCGACAUUCCUGGAGAUGGAAUGGGCCGAGAUGGUCCAAGGUGUCGAAGAAGAGAAACGGGAGCGGGGCAGUGUCGCGGCACUGGACAUGUUCCAAGGUGCCUCUUUCCCUUUUCGUCUCUUGCUUCCGGUAGGGUCCUCUGCUGACCUUCACUUGCCAGGAGUCGAUCUCCGCCGCACCCUCCUCUGCUACAGCAUGAUAGCCUGCCAAACCGCCUCAGGCGUGUGGUUCCUAAUCGGUUAUCAGACAUAUUUCUUCACUGUAACCGGUAUUACAAAGCCAUUUGAGUACUCAAUAAUGAAUACCUGGUUUGGCUUCCUGGGCUGCAACAUUGGCAUCUAUGCAAUCCGGUCACUGGUCGGCCGGCGCGCAAUCCUCAUUAUCGGCGCAGUAGGCUGCGGACUCUGCCAGCUGGCCAGCGCGAUUGCGGGAUCAAUCGAUCCCAAUUCACUAUCAACGGGACGAGUUCUUGUCGCCUUUACGGCCCUAUUCAUGUUCUUCUAUAAUGGCUGCGUCGGGGCCGCGAGUUACCCUGUUGCAACGGAGCUGGUGAGCUCGAGACUCCGCGCUUGGACGGUUGGCACAGCGACAAGUUUGGGUUAUCUGCUGGCUUGGUUGACGAACUUUUGCACGCCAUAUUUCAUUAAUCCAGAGCAUCUGGACUGGGGCGCCAAGUAUGGCUAUAUCUGGGCUGGAUCGAAUCUCGCCAGCGUGAUCUUUUUCUACUUCUCCAUUCCGGAGAUGAAAGGCCGCUCAUUGGAGGAGUUAGACGAAAUCUUUGCAGCGAGGGUGCCAGCGAGGAAGUUCAGAGGGUACCAGUGUCUCAUCACAGAGACAGCAAGGAUAAAGGCUGUCAAUACGGAGGCGAAGGGGUUGAGUAGAGAGCCAGAUUGGGUAAAAAAGGAAAGUGUGGUGCAUGUGGAAUAG